AUGGCCUAUUACGCGAACUUGUCGAGUGAGCAGCAGUUUCAAGCAUGGAACUUGUACAAACAAUUGGAUAGCGAUGGAGAUGGAACGGUGAGAGUUCAAGGCUACUCAGACUUCCUCAAAGACAAAGGUGAUGGGACUCUUGAUUUUGAGGAUUGCAUAACGUUGUACUACAUGAUUGAAGGAAGAGGGAUAUGGUGCUGUGAUGAGUGUGGUGUUACGUUGUCGGGAAUCAAUUUCGUAUGUGCGAAAUGCUAUGAGGCUGGUGGGACUACCUACGAGCUAUGUUGUGGGAGUUUCAGAAUAGAAACUUCAAACACCAACACUCUGUUUUCUUGGAUAAUUUUACUUUGCUCAGAUAUAAACAACCCUCUCCCCCUUCCCCAACUCAGAUAUGAAUAUAGGCUAUUGAUUGGUUUUGUACGUGAGGAACUAAAUAUUUAA